AUGAACUACUUCGCUGCCAGUUUUUCUGUUUCUUCCUCUUUGUCUUUCUUUUAUUCUCGGUUUUUGUUGACUCACUCUCUCUUUUUUUCUCUCUCUCUCUCUCUCUCUUUGGUUGACAUUCACUCUUUUUACUUACCAGUUUUAAAGAGAAACCUAAAUAAAUCCACUAUCUUAUAUCUAUGUUAUUCAAAAUCAUUUCUUUCUUUCUUUCUUUCUUUCUUUCUUUCUUUCUUUCUUUCUUUCUUUCUUCUAAUUUUGUUACACUUCUAUUUCUUUCUUUGUUUCUUUCUUCUAAUUUUGUCUCACUUUUCUUUCUUUCUUUCUUUCUCUAAUUUUAUCAUACUUCUCUUUUCAUCUAUCGCUUUCUUUCUUUCUUUCUUUCUUUUUCUUUCUUUCUUUCUUUCAUUCUUUCUUUCUUUCUUUCUUAUGAUGAGAAUAAUAUCUAUCUAUCUAUCUAUCUAUCUAUCUAUCUAUCUAUAUCAAUCCUUCCCCUGUGUGUCUGUGCCAGUUUUAGUAUAUGUCUAUCUAUCCCCUAAAUCUAGCCACUGCACAUUUUGGUCAUAUUCAGAAUAUUAUACCGUAUUUAUUUUUAACCAUUUCUUUCAUUCUAUUUGUUCCCUUGAUGGCACCCGGGAACUCUAUCUAUCUAUCUAUCUAUCUAUCUAUUUAUCUGUCUAUCAGAACUUAUGGGAUGACCUGAUAUCUAUCUAUCUAUCUAUCUAUCUAUCUAUCUAUCUAUCUAUCUAUCCCAGCAUCUUUUCUUUCUUUCUUUCUUUCUUUCUCAGCCUCUUUUCUAUCUAUCUAUGA